GUUUUGAAACAGAAUCCGUAGACGAAAGAUGUCGUUGAAUAAUUUAAACAGCGGUUCCGCGUAUUUAUAUGAUGCUCCCCGUCAUUUAUGGAAAAAUCGUCAAAAAGUCCAAUAUCGAUUCGAUGCACGCGGUGGUGAUAAGAAGUACAAUAGUCAAAUCUCACAAAGUGAGAGUGGUGAAUUUAUCACCAUCAAAGCACCAAAAAAAUCUGCAUCAUUCUCCAAAUUACCACCAUCCUCAUCACCGAGUUCAUGUUCACCACCAUCCACACCUAUUGUACGUUACGCACGCACUCCUUGUGAUUCAUGUGGUCACCAUAAUAUACCCAUUAUGACACAUCCAAUAUCGCCUUUGGCCAAAUCUCAAACAAAUCUAGAACUAAUGGAAGUCAACAACGCCCGUCAAACUCUCCUACCCAUCGGCUCGGAUAUUCAUAGAGAUGAAUCUUCAUAUUCAUUGGCCGUACCACAAACGCUACAAAUUUCCCGAAGGCCUUCUGUGCUAUUGCAAGAGAUACUAGGCGGUAGAAAGGAUCAUGGAGUAGUCGGAGGCAGUUUUGGACGUAAAAAAUCUUGUAUUCCUGGCCAACUUAAUGGCACCGUAACUGGAAGUACUGUAACCAUACAAGGUGAUAAUGGAGCCAAAAGCUUUCAGGCCAAACAAUCGAAAGUGAAAAAUCGAAGACAAGGAAAUGAUGCCAUAAGUGCGGCUCUUUCAGCUUUAUAUUGUAAACUGUUAGUUCUAUUGGGCGUUUGUCUGCCUAUAACAGAGGUUAUUACCGAACAAAUACCGACAUAUGUCUAUCAGGGAUUCUAUGUGUAUCUCUAUGCUCUAAGCAUAGUGUUUAUAGGCUUCUUGUACGUCUCGGCGUUUCGUAAUCGAACACUUAUCAGUGCAUUGAAAAGUUAUCAUGAGAAGAACAACGUCCAUUUGAAACACAAGGUAACCCACUUUGGCAGUUUCUAUUUGCGUGUGGGUGCCAUAGCCUUUGCCAUUGGCACUAUGGUCUAUUCGGGAUUGGAGUUUGGUCAAUUCUUUGAAUUGAGCGGCCAGCAAGGAUGUCGUGAUGUAUUUGUGGCCAUUACACCCCUCUGUCGCAUGAUUUUGUGCAUAGCUCAGGUGCAGUUUAUAUUUCUCAAUACCACCUAUUUGGAUAUGGCCCGGCACAAGGUCUUUUCAAGAUUUGGUCUGAUGCACAUGGUGGGCACAAAUCUGUGUGAAUGGUUGUAUGUUCUGGUCGAAGAGACAAAACAUGAAAUAUUCCAUAUAGGACAUCAUGAUCAAGAUGCUGAACAUGAUCCGGCGCUAAGCGGUGGUCCACAUGGUGGUGUGGAUUGGUCAGCGGUGAAUGCUUCUUUGCAUCAUGCCAAUCACAUAGGGCACAAUGCAACAAAUAAAACAAUUGCAGCUGUUGUGGGUCAUGUUUUGAAGAAUGUUACAGCGUCAACAAUUACCACAACAGAGGCGACAACGGCAGUCGUACAUGGCUGUUCACGUACCACCAUAAUGGGGGCCUUGGUGCAGAAUUUGUCACCUUUUCUCUUUCCUUGCACCAUUGAGUAUUCCCUGAUUUGUGCUGUAAUUUUAUAUGAAAUGUGGAAGACGGUCAAAUCCAUACCGGAUAUCGAUAAAUCUCGCAAAAAUUCCAUUAAACCUGUUCAGCAAAAACCAGCGCAUCAUUUCUCAGUGGAUUGUUCUCAAUCGCACAAAGGCUUGUUCUUUGGCAUUUUAAUCAUUGUAAUGACCAUUAUCUCAAUGAUCAUGUAUUUCGUAUUGUAUACACAACCCGGUUAUGAGCUGAUUGCAACUCAAGAGGUUACCCUGUGGGAGACGGUAAUGUACUUUAUGUGCGCCGCUGCAAUUGUGACAGGCAUGAUCCUCAUGCGAGAUUUGCGCUACAUAAAGGACACCAGCAAUGAACAUCAUUCAAUGGAAUUGGAUAAUCUAUUGCUUAUAGUAGCUCAAACAGGCGUUUAUCUUUAUGGCAUGUUCAGCAUAUUGGGAAGUUACUUCUCCAAAUGGGAUACCGUGCCCGAUCGAAUUGAAGGUAUUAUAGCCGAAGUCUUUAGCAUAAUGCAGACAUCAUUGCAGACAAUGUUUAUUCUGCACUCAAGUCAUCGGCGCUGUAAAGGCUCCAACCAAGUACGCAAGAAGCCCGGCCGUGAGAUAAUAACUUUCCUUUUGGUGGCCAACAUGGCCAUCUGGUUUGUCAAUACCCUAAUUAAGGGUCGUGCCGUAUUCCGAGAAACCCACAUGGAAUUCUAUGGUGCCUGGGCCUGGACCAUUAUUACGCAUGUGUCAAUGCCCUUGGCUAUUUUCUAUCGAUUCCAUUCGACGAUAUGUUUAUUUGAAGUUUGGAAAAUCACUUAUAAAGCCAAAGCACAUUAGAAUAGUAACAUAGUAAAAUAUUAGGGAACAAAAAAAAGAAUACACGUAGCAUAACUAUGUUAUAAAUAGUUUAAAUAUUUUUGUUUUGCUGUACUCGUAGACAUAAGUACUAAAUUAAAUUAUUAAUAAAUAUUGGGUUGCCCAAAAAGUAAUUGCGGAUUUUUUAAAAGAAAGUAAAUGCAU